AUUUUUCUGAUUACCACGCGCUGUACCUUGAUGACCCUUCCCAAAUCCACUAAACCACAUAUCUUUAUCUUAAAUCAUGGUUACGUGAAUUGAAUACAAUUACAUGCGCCAUGUAUCCGACCCGUGCGCCUUGUGGAAAAAAAUUACCGCGUUCAGUUCUCCGGAAAACUUGGAACCAGGACCAUGCGAGCGUUUAUAACAUUUACAGUGCUCGGGUUUGUGUCUGGUAGAUUGCAAUAUCCACCAUCUUCAGACAUUAUUCAAGGAUAUGGUCAAGCUGCUCCACCCUCACAGCUUAUAGGUCAAUUUAGCAGCACCAACCAAGGAAGCACGUCGGGUCUACGAGCUUCUUCCCAGUUUGGACUUGGCAGGAAGCGACAGGCAAAUGCAGGAAAGAUCGAAUUUCAAAAUGGCGGAUUUCAAAAUGGUGGAUUUCAAGAUGGCGGCUUUGAGCCCCAAAGUAAUCGCUACCCUCCGACUGGAAUCAGAUUUACGAGCCCUGAAGAUCUGGUGAGUGGACCACCUUCAGAGAAUUUGUACAAAGCAUAUCUGGCCCGGGCACAAGAUCAAUCAGCAGAAGAGAAGGAGUUCAGUAACAACAUUUUUGGAAUUAACUCAUUUAGAUCUUCUGGAAAUGAUAAGAAAAUUCAGUCUACCUAUGAUCUAGCGACUCCAGUUGUACUCUCUAAACCCUCCAGUGUACUGUCUGACCCCUCAAGUGUAACCGGUUCUGGCCAGUUUCAACCAAACCAAAACUGGUUUGGGAAAAAACAAACAAAUCUACUACAAUAUCCAAACCAGAACAACAGCAAAACAAGGAAUAAUGUUGAGCUCUCCAGCCCUUCUCUCCAACUCAACCAACAGGAUGGACUAGUACCCACUGAAGCUUGGUGGGGUAAAAAGAAUAUAUUUACUACUCAACAAUCUUUACCCAACAGAUCUGUCGAAAGUGAGCGCCCAGUGACGUUGAAUAAUCCCAGUCUACCAGCAGUUGUAAACCAAUCUAACAAUCAACAGUUUAAUCCAAGCAACUGGAUAAGUACAAGGUCUGCCAUAAGUCCAGGAGAUUAUGACGGGCUGAAUAACGAUGACUCUGGUGUGAUUACUCUAGAAAACUUGAUUCUCCAGGGAGCCCUGGAACCUCAGUCCUUCACCGUCGACGUGAAAUCCAGCUAUUCGGCCAGAAAUGCCGCAAACUAUUAAUAUCUGGCCGCAAAUAUUAAUUUCUGCCCGACAAAAAUGCCGCAAACUAUUAGUAUUUGACCAGCAGAAGUGCCGCAAACUAUUAAUAUUUGACCAGCAAAAAUGCCGCAAACUAUUAUAAUAUCUAAACAGCAGAAAUGCCGCAAACUAUUAUAAUAUCUAAACAGCAGAAAUGCCGCAAACUAUUAUAAUAUCUAAACAGCAGAAAUGCCGCAAACUAUUAAAAUAUCUGGCCAGCAGAAAUGCCACAAAUUAUUAAUAUCUAUGGUUUCCAACGAAAAAGGGGAAAUUGUUUGCCGACAAUUUUGCAUUUUUCGUGGAAAAAAUCAUUCUUACCGAAAAAUUUGCAUUUUUUCGCAUUUCUUUAGU